CAGCAUGUUCCGAAUUUGAAACCCGCUUCGUCCGCUCCAUACCGUAAUGACACAAAAUGCAACAUUGCUUAAAAUAUGACCAGCAAACCGCAGCCAGACAAAUUGGGAAGGAACAUGAAAGCGCUGCCAUCGGCUAUGUGGAACAGAGCAAUUCCGGAAAAUGACUACAUUCAACUCGGCACCUUACGUUACGGUGUUCGUCUAUCCAAUACGGGGCUGCUCGAUGGCGGGAAACCGGACCACGUGUCCGACUUGGCCGAGGGAAACUCCCGGGCGUCUGUCAAUUCUUCCUACGAAAUUACGAACGGCGACAACAGUGUGCACAGUGUCGGAGGUACGAGCAGCAUAAGCAGCAAUGGAGAUAAGCAGAACUGUUGCUGCAUCGGAUCAGGUGGCGUGGAGAUGCCCUGGACUAACAGCUUCACCCGCACCAAACUGCCAGUUCCUAGUAGCUUAGCUAAGAAUAGAAAAUCACCUCCCUUCGCAUCGACAUCGGUUGGUUCGACCGGAGCGGAGGGCCAUCAUCAUCAUCAGCAGCAGCUGCCGAGGUAUCCAAUGUUGGCGCCUGGUCGUACCAACAACAACGGGACCAAUCUCAGUCAGUCAACGCAAUCGCACGACCACGGAAGUGACGGUUACGCUUGUAGGACAGAUUUGGGGGUCGAUUCAAGCUACAGGAACGGCAUCACUAACAACAACCACAACGGCAGCAGUAAGGGUGAUAGUGAUCACAACAUUAGCAACUUUAGCACCGUCAGCAACGGCAACGGUACUAGCGAUCAUCAACAACUGUUUGAGGAUACGGUACGACAACUUCAACAACAGCAGGCCGAUUCCUCACCACGAUGCUCGACGGUGGUGUGCUGUUACAGCAACAGUUUCGGCUCGGGAAGCAACAAUAAGAAGCGUCACACCAGUCGGGAAAAGCAGCAGCUACAGGAUCCGGCUCAAAAGCAAGAAAACUCAGAAUCUCUUAUCCCGAGUGCAGGUUACCAGAGCGUACGCAGCAAUCGCAAGCAGUCGCUGCACGACCGAUCGAUUGGAUAUUCCGCCACCGCAACGCUAGACGUACGCCAUGAUGGAGGAAGCCCGGAGUAUCAGGUCCGGAGCAAUGGACAGCACCAAGCUGCCAGUGGCACGUAUGUAAGAAACGAGUUUGAUGAUGCAAAUGAUGCCGAUGUUGAUGAUGAUCUUUCGGCACUGGUUAUUGUUGGUGCGAACGGUGGACUGACGGACACGGUCGACGGUGUAUGUGGCGGCGUAAUAUCAAGUGGCGGUGCUGGUGACUAUCGGAAUGGGGGUGAUGAUUUAAAUUUAAAUUCGAAAAACGCACUACGACAGCAGCAGCAGCAGCAGCAGCAGCAGUAUCUUGUACCGCGGCAAAGUUUGCAGGUGCAGCAGCAGGGGCAAGGCGGAAGAAAAGAUGUGAACAUAAAUAAUUUCGAGAAAAAGAACAUAUCAUCUGAACUGUACGGUGGUGGUGGUGGUAGUAGUGGACCGAACUUCACCAGAUCUAUUAGUUCACGGUCCGGUGAUGGUGGUGCUGUUGGUGUUGUUGGUGGCAGAAGUAAUAUUAGGAAAAAACAUUCCUCCUCCAUUGGUAAUGGAUUAGGCAGUGAUCUGUGUGCAGACGAGCUAUCCUCAACGCCCCCUCUGUCUCCUCGUCCGACAUCAACAUCUCCACAGCAAGGUGUGUACGGUUGUGUCCUGACGCAUCCUACGUCAGAGGAUCCUGUUGCAGGAUCUUCCGCCAACUCUGUGCAGGUUCAUCCACCACCGAUCGCGACUCCGUUCGGUCAGCGACGUCGUUUGUUGCAGCCUCCGUCGUCACUACCGGUGGUGAAAUCGUACAGCUUCCAUCGAGUCCCAUCGGAUGCUAUCGGGUACUGUUCACCGAGGAUCGCAUCCAGAUCACCUGUAGGUGGUAUCAGUGAUUGUAGUCCACAGCAGCUGUUCGAUGGUUCCUUGCUGCACAGUGCCACAGGUAGAAAUAGAUCGUUUCGCAGUGCAAAUCACGCCCGCCGGUUACAGUAUGGGUAUUUGGAUGAUUCGUUCCGAGUAGAGAAACCAAAUGGAUUUGUGAGAGAUGAAAUAGGUGGUGAAGCGCUAUACUUUCGCCCUAACGUAACGCGCAAAUCAUCCCUGCCAGUGUUGAGUGGCAAUAGUAGCACUAAUAGCGGCAGCAACUACAGCCCGACAGCUGGCAACAUCCGCAGCAGCAAGUGUAGCGAUGCGAUCAACGAAAUCCGGUUGCAAUCGCUGAACAAGUACUGCAACAAGCUGCUGAGCGCGGCAACGAGCUCGACCACCGUCAACAGCUCGCCAUCAUCCCGUACGGGCAACGACGCCAACCUGCCGACGGUCAUUGGCGGUGGCACCCACGGUCGAACGCAACAGCGUCCGAUCGAUGAACUGGAGGAUCUUAGUUUCAUUGACUCGUCCGAUCUGUCGUCGGCCGGGGACGACAUCCACAUCAACACCACGCUUCUCGGUACCGAGCACGAGGAUUAUACGGACAGGCAAGGGCGCGAGUGUAGGCCGCAUCGCAAACAGUAUCCGUCGAUCAUCGCCAGCCCGGCGCACCGCAGCCCCACGCCAGGGACGGAGGGUGAUGGCACGCUGCCAGCUGUGGACGGUGCUGGUAAAACACUAGCCGCAUCAACUACGGCCGCGCGUGUUGGUGGUGCAUUUCCCGCCACCGCUGCUAGUGUCGCGAAUCGAAACAAUUACAUCGACUCGUCCUCGGAUGAGCUGAACAGUGUGUGUAGUGGUGUUGAGCAGCUAACGCUCGCCUGUGACAGUGCCGAAUCGCACCGACGCAAUAGUGAGGAACAGUGGCGAUCGUCGGCGCGGCCGUCCGUAGCCAAGUGCCGUACGCAGUGCAACCGUAACGACAGUAACGCCAGCGACGACUAUCAAGCGGCACGCUACGGUGCUGAGUUGCGGUUCGGUAGUGCUUUGCAAUCGGCAGCAGCUAUCAGCACGCUUCUUUCUUCCUUGGAUAACGAGGGUGAGCCUGAUACUGAUGGUGGCAGCAGUGUCUUAGGACACAGUGAUGGUGGUGGACCGCAAGAAGUAACAACCAGUGGUGGUAGUAGACGCAGCGAUACCAAUAACAAUUACCACCGGAAUAAUAUUAACGGUGAUAGUGAACAGCAGCAGCAGCAUCAGCAGCAGAAUCAACAUCAACACCAGCAUCAGCAGCAGCAGCAGCAGAAAUAUACUACUGUGUCGUCUAAUAAUAGCGCUGAGAAAAGUGUCAGUGUCGGUGGUGUUGGUGGCGAACCCGGACGACCACCAGGUGGUAUUAGCGAGCAGACGCCUUUGGGCCGCGCGGAUGAUAGCUACCCACCGCUCUCGUCGCUUUAUGCUACAGUCAAAGCGCUCGGCUACGGUUCCGCCUGCUCAUCGCCGGACAGCCCGUCUGCCCAUCACGCUGGGCUAAACUGCUUUGGAAGGAGCAACACUCAGUUCCAUGUUGCGAGCAGCGGUACAAACGACAGAUCGAUAAUGGAAAAACGCAACAAUACACUGGAUCGCUUGCAAAGAUUAGUCAAAAAGACCACAUCCAGCUCGUCGGACAAACAAAACAGCAGUGGACCGGGAAAUAGUGGCAAUGCCGUACCACCGGGUGCAACCAAAACGGAACGACUGCGUGAGCUGACAGAGCUGUUAAAAGGAAACCGAGCUCCGCCAGUUCCACCGCCUCGGCGAUCGAAACACGCCAACAGUGUCGAACGUACGCUCGAUCGACGCAACACAGCCCUGUCCACGUCUAGUCUAAACGAUAGCAGCUUCCUGCACGGAACGGAAUCGAACCUACCCGAGUCACAGCUGUUAAAGGCGAAAGAAUCGCGUUCAGUCGACAUACCCUACCGAUUCGCAGAUGGUAGUGGUCAGCGAAUGUCUACACCCAGCUCACCUCUCACAGAGCACAAGCCGAUCAACAUCAGGGCGAACGUUAGCACUUCAAAUCUAGAAGCUUUACAUGAGCUACCACCCCUAGUAACUGCAACCGUCGGAGAUGAAUGCAAAUCGGAAGCGGCUUUGAAGGAUGAUGAUGAGCUGUUUGCCAAGCUAUCGCGACCCGAGUCCCGCACAAUAGUUGGUUCAUAUACGCAGAAAACGAUACCAUUUCGAAGUGCUUCCUUUUCGCAGGUGGACUACUCGUCUGGCAAGUACAUACGGUCGGCAUUGGGAGCGCUGAAGAACAGUAUUUUGAAAAGCAAGGAUCAACAGCAAACUAGUGUCGAUAGUAACACGAUACCACGACAGUACUGCAAGGUGGUUGAAACUGCUCGAAGUUGCAGCCCAACGGAGCUUUGCGGGAAUCAGGUGGAUCGAGAAGUUGCUGCACAACCGGACGAUACGGAUGUGGCGAAGUUAACGAUUAAGAAAACGGAAUUGAACAUCAACUUGGCACCACUGGAUGAUUAUGGACGCUAUCACGAGGAACGGAUCGAUGGAAAGGAUCUUUCCUCGAACCGUAAUUCCGAUAUCGAAACGAUCGUAGAAGAUCCAGUAGCGGAGCACUAUGAGAAUGUGGAAAAUGAAGGUUGUAAUGUAUCGCAACAGGCAAACAUUAGUGUGAUGCAGGCAUCGGAAAUGGUUCUAGAGUCACUGGUGGAGGAAGGCAUUCCAAUAACGCCCACAUCCCUGUCGAAAGAUGACGAGUGCUUGCAGCAGGCCACAACGUGCCUGAUUCCAGUGCCAGUGUACGAUUGUGUUGUGAGCGAAUGGAGCACAGCUCGGCCUUCGGAACAGUGGAUAGACGCUUUGACGACGGAGUACAACAAGUUUACCGAUUGUUUGGGAAGCAUAAAGGAAGUGAACGAGAACGCUAUUAGCGAGACACCCGGACAGGUGGACUUACUUUCUGCAGAAUUAUCGGAGGAAAGUUAUCAUGCGGAAAAGAUAACCGUGGAAACACCACCGCAAAUAAUAGAACCACAGGAAAGCAUUGAGAUGUCGGAGGAUGGUUGUGGAUCGGAUGGUGCAGGUGAUAUGAACGAAUGCAGCAAUGGGUCCGACGAGGGAAUGAUGAUCUGUACGCCACCCGUGUCAAUCAUUUGUACCGAGCCGGAAAGCAAUGAGUUUACUACGAUUGUAGACGGAAGUGCAGCGACCCACAAAGUGUCUGUUGUGUUGGGCGAUGGUAACGACGUAGAGGUGGUGGAAGUGCGUAAACGCCACAGCAACAACGAAGAUAUGGGAGAUCCUCAGAAUUGUCGUCUAUCAAAUGAUGUGGAUGAAAAGCGUCGGCUGGAAUCACGCAAAUCGCGCCGGAAAGGUAUCUACAUCCAGUGGCCUGCCAUCGAUGGCAAUAAUGAGUUGGAAUCGGACCACAACGAUAAUGGUGGUGCGACGGGCGAAGAGGGCAAUGUUGCUUGGAACCCGCAGCAUUUGGGACAGGUGAACGAAAAAGACUCAAGCUUGGAUCUGAGUGGCGAUAGCUUUACCGAUCUCAGUGGUAGGGAUGCGGUGGAGUAUGCAAAGGAGCGUGAAAAUACGGUGAACUCCCCGGAUCGUUAUCUGUUGGAUCCGACAACUCCGGACUCGGAUCCGGGCAAACCGAUCUGGCCAAAGGGAAAUCGUCGGCAGAGUCUUACCUACCAGAGUUCUGAUGAGAAGGAUGACGCGGUGCCUGCUCCAGCGUUACCUGUUCGGACGUUGAAAACACUACUGCUACGAUCGGACUCUGUUUCAGACAAUGAGAGUGAUCGGGCUUCGUCGCGUGAUCGCACCAGUGCUUCACCUGCACCCGGUGGAGGUGAUUCGGAUCUAAGAAGAUACUCAAAACGACCUCUUCGAGGACCGUACGGGCAAAUGCUGGAAGCGGAAAUGAAGAAACCAACAAGCAAAGUUCAGUAUAGCGAAAUCUUGGAGGAACUAACACGAAACGAAGGGUGAGUAUUGUGUGAAGAAUAUAAAAUGUUAACACACACAAUCUAAUGAAUUGUUUCCUUUUAUUACAGUCAUAGUCCUAAUCAGAAUGUAUCAAGAAACCGUGGCGCCGGCAGCCAAUCUAUGGACGAAACGAACGAUCGACAUGCGGCGAAGGCAGGAUCGAAACCUCGGAAAACCAGCGCCAACCUGCCAGUACCGACCCAUGUGCGUACCGCUUCGAGUCCUUCGAAACUGUCCGACUCGUCCAGCUCACAUUCCGCCAGUCCAUCGAAGCGUUACCUUUGCAACAUUGAACAGCGCAGCACAGACUCGGACAAGUCGGAAAAGUCCACAACCGGUGGUGGUAAGCUGGAAAACAAAAAGUUUUCCCUUGACAGCCAUCUUACGGAUAAGUCGCUGAAGCGCGGUGGAUCGGACGUUCACGAGAAGCCAAACAAGCAACGAAGUGGUUCGAGCGCUAGUGAUAAGCAGCAGAAACGAAGUCUGGAUGAGGUUCGAUUGUCUCAAAAUAGUCGUACUCCGUCGGAGCGUAGCUUUACACUCUUGAACACGCCCGACACACCGAAGGGUUUGGCCGCUUCUCCGGAGCUGUUGGCGGAGCUACUGAAAGGAUCGAGUGAAAAACUAGUCACGGAACAGUUGACGGGCAGCGGGGGCAACAGUGGAGGGAACGCUAGCAAUGCCUUGCCGUCGGCUGUACUAAAUUGUUUGGAUACGCGAACUCACGUGGUGGUGGAGCUGUUCAACACUGAAAAGUCGUACGUGGAAUCACUACAAACGAUAGUACUGAAAUAUUUAAAUCAACUAAAGUCUCCGGAAAAUUCUGGCCUCGUCGAUGCCCAAACGGUGGAUGAAAUAUUUUUCAUGGUCCCAGGUAUUCUGAACAUCCACGAGCGGUUUCUGGAGGAGCUCCGACGUCGGCUAGACUCCUGGGACAAGAUGCAGAUGAUUGGUGAUGCGUUUGUGGACGUUUUUUCCCGCCCGGUAAUACUCGACACGUACACCGCGUUUGUGAACAACUGGAACAGGGCGAAGGACGCUAUCCGAAGUGCGAGACAAAAGUGUCCCGCCUUUGCAAGGUUUCUCGAAGCCAUGGCACGGGAACACAAGGGCAAAUUAUCGCUGGACAACCUGCUGAUCAAACCCGUACAAAAGUUUCCAAACUACGAACUUAUAUUCACAAGACUGAUUAAGCACACGGACGUGACACACCCGGACCAGAAACCGUUACAGGAAGCUUUAAAGUUAGUGCACGACAUACUGAUGUUUCUGAACUGCAAGGAGAAGGAAGCGCUGGAAAAUGGACAACGCGAGACGGCCCUACGCGAGCUGGAGGGUGUGAUUGAGGGCAUGAACGAUCUAGUGACGCCGGAACGUGCCUUCCUGCUGUUCGAUCUGGUAUCGAUGCCAUCGGGACAGGUGACGCGCAAGGAGCGAGGAUUUUUCCUCUUUAACGACCUGCUAGUAAUAACGAGCAUAAAGCGAAGGAGUGGAACGAUUCGGAAAACUAACAUGACCUGUCCGGGAAGCGUGGCGUCUACGUUGGAUACGAACAAGUACAAGUAUCUCACGAAGAUCUCGCUGGACGAUUUGGAAAUAGUUAAAUCUAAAGAUGAAAAUGUUAGACGAAUCAUGAAAGAGAUAGAACACCUUUCAGAGGACAGCAGCAAGCUAAUACAGAUAACUGACCUAGCCGCAAGCUUACGAUGUCCUCACGGAGUGCUGGAGGAAGCGAUUCGAGAACUGCAGCGCGAAGUACAACGGCAGCUCGCGGAACGCCAAACGAACGAUGCACAGUUGAACGUGUUGGAGUUAACGUGGAACACUUCUAAUGGCAUCCAAAACAUGACUGUGGUGUUUUCGAAGCCGGAAAAACGUACCCAAUGGGAGGAGAUAUUUGCGGAAGCAAAGCAGAAGCUGGCCAACAGCAUGGAACGAUGCCAGAUACCGGACUUUUUCGUAUCCGUACCGAUACGGAAGACACGGGCCGGCCUUCAAUUCACCUGUGCCUCACCGACGCUCGGUGUGCAGAAGGACGUUUGGGUGUGCAAUAGCGACGGGUAUGUGGGGCAGGUGUGUGUGCUCAGCCUAGUGCCGGAACCGUCCGUAACGAGUUGCAACGGUGUGUGCAAUGCGCGGAUACUGUGCGUCGCAUCGGUACCAGCUAAUGAAGAAAGAGCUUCAAAUUCUUCGCCGAUGAAUGUGAAUAUAUCAAUCGUAGAUUCGUCUACGAAUAGUGCACCGAACAGACCGAACAACUCCGUGGUCAACUCACCAUCCAAAUCAGCCGAACGGAAGGGUUCGUUCAAGUCAAACGAUGGCAGCAGUACGCAUCGAACGCCGACGAACAACGAAUCUAACGUUCAGCUAGAUUCGGGCAGCUCAAGUGAAGACUCCGAUGCCGAAAGUCAGCCAGAUCGUGUAGUAUCCACUGGAUCGUGUACAAACUCCCUUGCAGUUAACCAUCGGCAGCAGGACUCCACGGCCAGUACGAACGCUGGAGACGAAACAGAAAAUCAGCAAUCGACCAUGUGGCUUGGCACGGAGGAUGGCUGCAUACACGUGUACAACUGCACGGACAACAUUAGGAUCAAGAAGAACAAGAUAAAGAUACCGCACGUGAGUGCGGUGUACUCGAUACUGUACUUAGACAACCGUGUGUUUGUGUCCCUGGCGAACGGUGAUAUUUGUGUGUACUCUAGGGAUCGAAGUGGAUGGAACGUAUCUUCUCCGCUAACAGUGACUGUUGGUACGGUUACCAAUCCCGUGGUAAAGCUGCUGAACGUACACGGGAAGUUGUGGUGCGCAAUACAGGGAACUAUAAAAGUAUUAAACACGAAAACAUUACAAAUCGACAGCCAGAUACAAAUAUCGAACGACUCAAAACCAAUCACUAAUAUGACAGUAUUAAACGAUUACGUGUGGAUUUCGGUUCAGAACUCUGCUCACAUCAAGUGUUGCCAUCAUGAAAGCUUUGAGAUAAUAUUUGAGGUAAACUUAGCACCAUCCGUCAACAAGAUGCUCUCGAACUGUGAUGAUAUCAUCCGGCAGCACAAAGCCGCCUGCCUGCGCGUUACAUCCUUACUCGCCUGCAAGGAUCUGAUCUGGGUGGGAACGAGCGCCGGUGUGCUGUUGACGAUAGCGGCUCACAACGUUGCCAAAGGAUCAUCGCUACCGGCAGUCACGGGACUUCCUCACGGUCAUACCGGCCAUGUUCGAUUUUUAACGUUUGUGGAAUCACAGGACGGUGAGGCGGACUCGGCGGUACAGGAAGUGGGAAACGUAUCGUCCGCAGGUGCACAAAACCAAACGGGAGGAAAAUCGAGUAGCCGGGCAUCCCACCAAGAGCUACUAGUAAUUUCCGGCGGUGAUGGGUACGAGGAUUUCCGGAGUGCGGGCAACAACACGCUGAGUGAGGUGGCGGGUCGUGAAGACAGUACGAACCAUUUGUUACUUUGGAAGGUGUGAAACGCUUUCGAACGGUGGCGAUAAUU